AGCUGAAAAGUGACUCUUAGUACUCUCAUUCUUUUCCAAUUCUUGGAGCUCAAUUCAUCAUGGCAAAGAAGACCGCGAUUGGUAUCGAUCUUGGAACCACCUACAGUUGCGUCGGUGUGUGGAAGAACGAUGGAGUGGAGAUCAUUGCCAACGACCAGGGCAACCGAACCACUCCAUCUUAUGUGGCUUUUACAGACACAGAGCGACUUAUCGGCGAUGCCGCCAAGAAUCAGGUGGCACGCAAUCCUGAGAACACCGUCUUUGAUGCGAAGCGUUUGAUUGGCCGCAAGUUUGCGGACCCCAUCGUGCAGGCCGACAUCAAGCUGUGGCCUUUCAAGUGCGUAGCUGGCCAGGGUGACAAACCCAUGAUCAUCGUCAACGCUCAAGGGGAGGAGAAGAAGUUCCACCCUGAAGAGAUCUCUUCCAUGAUUUUGUUGAAGAUGAAGGAGACCGCUGAGGCCUACUUGGGUACCAAGGUGAAUGACGCGGUUGUCACCGUGCCCGCUUAUUUCAACGAUUCGCAGCGUCAGGCCACCAAGGAUGCAGGCACCAUUUCAGGCAUGAACGUGCUGCGCAUCAUCAACGAGCCUACCGCUGCUGCCAUCGCCUAUGGCCUUGACAAGAAAGGCACAGGAGAGCGAAACGUCUUGAUCUACGACAUGGGUGGAGGCACUUUCGAUGUGUCUUUGUUGACCAUUGAAGAUGGAAUCUUUGAGGUGAAGGCCACUGCCGGUGACACCCACUUGGGCGGUGAAGACUUCGACAACCGAGUUGUGGAUUUCUGCAUGCAGGAUUUCAAGCGUAAGAAUCGCGGCAAGGACAUGACUGGCAACCAGCGUGCCAUCCGACGCUUGCGCACUCAGUGCGAGCGCGCCAAGCGCACUUUGUCUUCUUCCACACAGGCCACCAUUGAAAUCGAUUCCUUGUUCGAGGGCAUUGAUUACUCCUGCAGCUUGUCCAGGGCACGAUUUGAGGAGCUGUGCAUGGACUACUUCCGUAACUCUAUGGGACCUGUGGAGAAAUGCUUGAAGGACUCUGGCAUCGACAAGAAGAGUGUCCAUGAUGUGGUUCUGGUGGGUGGUUCCACCCGUAUUCCCAAGGUGCAGUCCAUGAUCCAGGAGUUCUUCAACGGCAAAGAGCCCAACAAGUCCAUCAACCCAGAUGAGGCCGUGGCUUAUGGUGCCGCUGUGCAGGCUGCAAUUCUCACUGGUGAGGGCUCCUCUGCAGUCCAGGAUUUGUUGCUGUUGGAUGUGACUCCGCUGUCCAUGGGCCUGGAGACUGCUGGUGGCGUGAUGACCAAGUUGAUCGAGCGCAACACCACCAUCCCAACCAAGAAGGCACAGACGUUCACUACCUAUGCGGACAACCAGCCUGGUGUCUUGAUCCAGGUCUUUGAGGGAGAGCGUGCCAUGACCAAGGACAACAACUUGCUUGGCAAGUUCCACUUGGAUGGCAUUCCCCCAGCCCCUCGUGGUGUGCCGCAGAUCGAGGUCACCUAUGACAUUGAUGCCAAUGGCAUCUUGAAUGUCAGUGCCUCUGACAAGUCCACUGGAAAGUCGAACCAGAUUACCAUCACCAACGAAAAAGGUCGACUGUCGCAGUCAGAAAUUGACCGCAUGGUGCAGGAGGCUGAGAAGUUCCGUGCUGAGGACGAGCAGAACAAGCAGAAGAUCGAGGCGAAGAACGGCUUGGAGAACUACUGCUUCACCAUGCGCAACACCCUCAACGAGGAGAAGCUGAAGGACAAGUUUGAGUCUGGUGACAAGGAGAAGAUCGAAUCCGCAGUGCAGGAGACACUGGACUGGUUGGACAAGAAUCAGCUCGCAGAGAAGGAUGAGUUUGAGGCCAAGCAGAAGGAGCUUGAGGGCAUCGUGAACCCCAUCAUGAUGAAGGUGUACCAGGCCGCAGGGGGCGGCGGCAUGCCAGAAGGUGGCAUGCCUGGUGGUGGCAUGGGUGGUGCUCCGGGCGGUGGCGCUGGCCCAACCGUUGAGGAGGUUGACUAAGCAGGUCUGCGCCCCUCACUGCUUAUGGCCGGAAUCUUGGUCACUCUGUCAUGGAGACAUGUACAGCUCACGGCGUUAGUGCCUCUUCAGAGUGAUUUUGGAAUUCGACCCUUUUGGGGCUCAGCCCAGUACAAACCUAUGCUUUGAGCAAAAAAAAGGACGCGGUGCACGCAGUGCCGUCGCUCAUGGGGCAGACUGAGAUGACCCCUGGGGUGAACAUGAACCACGAAAU